GCUAUAAAUAGCAACCGACGGCUUUCCUGGGUCUUUCUACUGUUGCAGCCUUCGCCAUCUUUGGUGUGUGCUGCUAAUUGCGGGCUGGCGCUGUUUUGAGUAUCCGUCGCCAUCCGACUACAGCCUUGUUGCCUGUGCUCGGGAACUGAGCCCGGGGGGCGCGCCCCAGCAUGCGAGCGAAGUGGCGAAAGAAGCGAAUGCGCAGGCUGAAGCGCAAAAGGAGAAAGAUGAGGCAGAGGUCCAAGUAAACAUAACUCACAGUGCUACUGAAGCUGCAAAACAGCAUGGAAAGGUGGAGCUUGGGAAGCUGACUUCCAGAUAAUGCCUUCUAUUUGCUGCUGCUUUUAGAAGACUCUUAGCCAAUCUUCAUGAGGUUCCAUCUUAAAAGCCUAGGAGCUGUGAUCCUUCAAGGGUGUUGCCCCUGAGCUUUACUAUCUUGGACUGAUCCUGUUCUUUGUGGCGUGAUGUGGCAACUGUGUAAAAUAAAGCCCCUUUUGGGAAGAAUUCUGAACUGUGUUUCCUCCACCAAAUGUUGAAUUUUCAGUAAAAGUUAGUAACCUAGAUACGGUUUCCAGGUGGCUUAAAUUUAAUGUAUAAUAUUGGCUUGUAUUUUGUUGUUGGUAAUCUAUGGUGGUCUUGCACACACAUUUAUACACAACUACCAACAUUGCUGUUUAGCAUUCUAAACAUUCUUGGGUGGGGUAGGAUCCAGCCCUCUACAGGUAUGCUACAGAACUUUCUUGAAAUAAAAGCAUUUUAGUUUAAUUUUCUAAAAACUAUUUUGCUUGGAACUAUUUUGCUUCUGCCCAAAAUAGAAUAAACUAGCAAGAGGUUGUUGUGGCUCUCCAUUUGACAGGUAUUGCAGCAACUUCUGAAGGCAGGCUUCCUCCCAGUCAAGCUACUCUGGCAAGAGCACAAUGCCUAUGUGUGUAACUGGAUUACCAAGCUAGCAAAAGGUUUUCAUUGUCAUUGCAAGGGCUUUGCUUCUGGGUUCAAGAUACUCAACAGAAUGCUUCUAGCUAGGUUGUGCUGCUUUGGAAGUGAAUUGAAGUUGCAAGUGAUUUGCAUCUGCCAGUGGCUUGUUUUCUUCACUGGGUUAAUAAUAAAUUCUAGAAAAUAACUGUUGUAAGAAUCAAUGUUCUGUCCCAGUGUAGGAUUCAUUUUCUAUACUUAUUAAGUAACAUGCAGGUUGAUAAGCAGUCUAAUACUAGAAACAAAGCACAGAUAGAAGCUGCAGUACAGAUAACUUACCCUCCAUUGUGUCAGCUUUCCCUAACUUUACGCACUCUGGAUCCAUUGGACUGCUGUUCAGAGCAGCCCUCAAAUAGCCUGUUGGGGGAAGGCUGCACUACAGCUGCUUAGUGCCUCUUCUAUAGUGUGCAGUCUUAUGACGGAAGAUUUUCUUUACAUUGGAUUCAAUUUGCAAGGAAAGGGUGCACUUGUAUUAAAUGAGAAAGGAGCAUAUGCCUAUGCUUCCCUGAAAAACAUAGCUGAUUGUACUCUUGUUCUUAGAUGUUUGUGAACUAGUGGGUAGCAUGGUUGACUAAAUGGUCUGUCCUGGUUUGCCUGCCUGUGCCCAAAAUACACAACCUUCCCCGGUUUUCUUAAGUUUUGUGGAGAAUAACUGGUUGCUAACAAAUUGUUCCAGGUUGUGCACUUGCCCAGUCCUUAGUUGGCCCUUUGAUACAUCGAUCAUUAAAGGGUUACAUUGUAGCACAGUUAACACUUUCCAAUAGGUAACACCUGAAAAAGUUACACUGGCAUGUGCUUUCCUGCUUGCAUACCAAAGCAGAAAGAAGCUGCUCUGAAGAAAAGGAAGGAUGGAGUGGGUUGGUGUGAAUUGCCCUUGGAUUGAGCUGCUGUCAAAUGCCAACUAGCCGCCUCUGGAAUGGUGCCUGGUUGCUACAUUUCAAGGAUGCACACAUGCUGAUGUCUAGAAAAGGGUGUUUCUCUGGUCCAGUAGCCUGAUUUUGGCCCCAAGAAAAAAUGCCUGAUCGUGACAACACCUAUAAUGGUAGUGGCAGCGAUGAGGCGAGUGCCAACUCGGAUGACAUCUGCCGAGACUUCCUGCGCAAUGUCUGCAAACGAGGCAAACGCUGUCGUUUCCGGCACCCUGACAUCAAUGAGGUGACCAACCUGGGAGUCAGCAAGAAUGAGUUCAUCUUCUGCCACGACUUUCAGAACAAGGAAUGUGUCCGUAUCAACUGCCGCUUCAUCCAUGGCACCAAGGAGGAUGAGGACUGUUACAAGAAGACUGGGGAGCUCCCUCCACGCCUUCGCCAGAAGGUGGCAGCUGGGCUGGGCCUUUCCCCAGCUGAUCUCCCCAAUAGCAAGGAGGAGGUUCCCAUUUGUAGGGAUUUCCUCAAGGGAGACUGCCAGCGUGGGGCCAAGUGUAAAUUCCAGCACCUGCAGCGGGAUUAUGAGUAUGAUGCCCGGGGCCUGGCCACCCGGGAGCAAGGAAUCACCACUCCCGUGCGUCGCUACGACCCCUAUGAUUCCAUGUAUGACACUGACCGAUGCUACGAUGACCAUGACCCUGUGCUCAAGCGGCGGCGGGUAGAUGGGCUCCACUUUGAGACCUACGAGUACAACUUCACCAGUCCACGCACAGUGGAAUACCGGCUCCUGGAAGAGGAGAACAUCAUGCUCCGCAAGCGUGUGGAAGACCUCAAGAAGCAGGUCAACAACCUCCUCGCCACCAACGAGGUCCUCUUGGAGCAGAACGCCCAGUUCCGCAACCAGGCCAAGGUGAUGACUCUCAGCUCAACAGCAACGGCCACUGAGCAGACUCUGGCACCCACUGUGGGCACCGUCACCAACUACAAUCACAGCAUUGCCCAGACUCACACCACCCUGAGCAGCCAAGCUCUGCAGCCACGGCCUGUCUCCCAGCAGGACCUGGUGGCUCCAGCUGGAGCUCAGGCAGCCCCUCCAAGCAAUGCAGCGCCCCCCAUGAACCCUGAAAUCACGCCCCUGUCGGCCGCCCUGGCUCAGACCAUUGCCCAGGGCAUGGCCCCGCCCGUCUCCAUGGCGCCAGUGGCCGUGUCGGUGGCGCCUGUGGCUGUGUCGAUGGCUCAGCCGCUGGGGGGCAUCACCAUGAGCCAUGCCACCACACCCAUGGUGACUUACCCCAUAGCAUCCCAGAGCAUGAGGAUAACAGCCAUGCCUCACUAGCCCUCUUCAGGUGAUGCACUCGUGCUCAAGGGGGAACACUGACCAGGAUCCGUUUCUGUGGAAGAUGAAGGGUUCGGAAGAGAGAGCGGAAUGGAUUUCUGGUGUGGCUCGGAAAGCUCCUGGAAUUUUCAUCUCUGCACAGGGGGACAGACUGGCAGUUUGCCUCAGGCAGGCGCACGUGACUUCCCCCUCUCACUGCAAAUGGCGGCAGCGUUCAGGGAUGACAGAACUAACAAGGCAAUUUGGAGUGUACAUUGAUCUCAUAGACUGUGUGUGUAUCUUGUGUCAAUUUGCAUCUUGUUCAUCCUCAUGUAGUCAUCCACCAAGCCCUUUGAGUUUAGGAAUUAAAUUCCCCCACCUCUGGGAGCAUUGCUUUUGCACAUGCUGCACACACGCUUGUGCACACGCACGCGCGCGCACAUGGAGUCCUUCCUGUGCUGAGCUAGAGGCAAAAUGCAGUGAAGUCCACAAGGCUUGUGCAUGGGAUGGUGUGAGGUUCCCCUUUGCUCAGUCAAAGAAAGGACAGAAACUCAAAACAGUGCUACCUCCACCAAGAGCAGAGCCUGAGCAAACUUUGGACACCUGUUCUAACUUUUACACAGAACUUAAGAUGGGUUGUGGAAGAAAAAAAAACUGGAAAUGGUUUCAGAAAACAAAAUCCAGUUGCUCCUUCUGACUUGAUUAGAAGUGGAAAAUUGAAAUUGUGGCCUUGGAAAGAGCAGGUCCAAUGUACUUGACAGGAGUUAGAGGUGGUUUUAGCUAUAUAUGAAGAUGGUAUCUUUUGUAUAAAUUUCUGGGUUUUUGAACAGAGCCAAAUGAAGUGACAGGAUCUCUUGUAACUGCCCUAAGGCUUAAUUUCUUAUUGACCCUUGCAAGCAGUACUUGGUGCCUUGCAAGCCCAUAACAGCUCAUUCAUUGCCUCCCAUGCUGUUCUUUCAACUAGGUUUUUACUGAUUUCUAUCUGUAUUUCAUGUCUGAAUUGCUCUCACAUACAAGGACGUUGUUGUUGUAAGGACUUAUGUGCUGUACAUUUCUUCACAUUUUGUUACAACAGCAGAACACAGUUAAAAAAACAACAAACAGACUGCAGCAAACUCCCCUCAGCAUAUAGGGUGGGACUUCCCCCCCCUUUCUGUUCAGGUUUUGUUUUGUUGAUGUGAAUCUCAGCUCCUGCUUGGGUCUAAAAUAGCCUUUGUGUGUUUCAUGUUACACUUGAAUUGAUUUUUAUUAGACUGUUUUAAAAUGUUUCAUGACCCAGAUGUUUCUACAGUUAACAGUGUAAAUAUCCCCAGCUAUUAAAACAAAUGUACAGUCCUCACAGUAA